AAUAUGUUCCCACUAUGGAGAUCAGCAUGUUCUAAAACUUGUAAUGGCGCUUAUGAAAAAAUCAACUAAGUACAAGUACCUACAAUUUAUAGGCUAUGAAAUUUAAAUCGGACAUGUUUGGGCCAUCAGCAAUAUAUACAUUCAUAGGAACAUCCUGUAGUUCUUCAAUCCGUAUAAAACUGCCACUAAACCAAUCAUCCCAAGCAACCUACAUUCAACAUGACGGUGAGCACGGUAGACAAUGUAACUCUCUUCCUAAACCGUCCUCGAAACAUCCUCUUAUAUCUUGGAAUAUGGCUCAAACCUGCCAACUAUGUCUCUUUAUACGUCGCCUAUGCCAUCAUAGUCAUGUUGACCCAGUAUUCCUUCGUCUUCUUCGAGUUUAUAUACAUAGCUUUAGCCUGGGGAGACAUGGACGCGGUGACAGAAGCUUCAUUUCUGCUAUUCACUCAGGCGUCUGUAUGCUAUAAAGUUACAAGGUUUAUGAUAAAUAAGGAUAACUUGGUUUUUCUCUUGAGCUUCAUGGAAGAGGAGGUAUUUCAGGCGCAAAACGAGAGACAUGUAAGAUGUCUCCUGAAUCAGUCUAUCAUGAUAAGACGCCUGUGCCUGUUUUUCCUCGGCAGUGCACUGACUACUUGCACUUUGUGGGGACUAAUGCCCGUUGUCGACAGCACUGGUGGAGAGCGUAUCUUUCCCUUUUUGAUCUGGAUGCCAGUAGGACCAGAGAAGUCACCGCAGUACGAGUUGGGCUACUUUUACCAGAUGGUGGCCAUCUACAUCAGCGCCUUCCUGUUCAUCGCAGUUGAUAGUGUCGCAUUAUCUAUGAUCAUGUUUGGAUGUGCGCAGCUGGAGAUUAUCAUGGAUAAGGUACAACAGAUAAAACGAGUGCCAAUGUCAGGCAAGGUCAAGAAGCAAGAUCGAGAGCAGCUUAUACAAGAGAAUAAAGUUUUGUUCGUGGAAUGUCUCAAGCACCAUCAGGCGGUGAUACGGUUCAUAGAGUCGGCAGAGGACACGUACCACGCGAACAUAUUCUUCCAGCUAAGCGGGAGCGUUGCCAUCAUCUGUAUCAUUGGACUUCGGAUUACAGCAACAACGCCAGGCAGCGUGCAGUUCAUCUCAAUGCUAAACUACAUGGUGACGAUGCUGUCGCAGCUGUUCCUUUAUUGCUGGUGCGGCAACGAACUGACAAUACGAAGCGAGAUUCUCCGAGAAGUGAUGUAUUUGUGCCCGUGGCACGAGCAGUCCAACAGCUUCCGAAGAUUGCUCUGGGUGGCCAUGGAGCGGAUGAAGCGGCCAAUCAUCUUCAAGGCUGGACACUACAUACCGCUCUCCAGGCCGACUUUCGUUGCGAUUUUACGGUCGUCAUAAUUCAUACUUCGCCGUCCUCAACCCAAACCCGGAACAAG